AAGGACAAACUAGCAGGGUGGUGGGAAUAUCAUCAACUGUAUAACAUCUUUUCAGAAAGAUAAAAAAAUUAAAAGAUUUCAGCAUGCAAGUUCAGAUCUGGAAAAAAUGGUAAUUCAAAAUAGCACAAAGAUGGUGGCUAAGGUUUACCAUGUUUUUAUUUUCAUUUCAAAACAACUGUAGGUGGGACUCCAAAUUUGAUUGGAGAAUCAGCCCUGCCUGGAGGUGUGUUCACUCUUUUACCAUUUGCCAUGUCAGGUGGUGUUAGCCCCACGCCAAGAGAAAACAGGGACAGUCUACAUACCUAUCCCUUUUCCCAUGUGAGUUCAAAUCCAGAAUCCUUGUGUCUGCUUUAAAACCAUCAAGAUCUGACCGUAGCAUGUAAUUUGGCCCUGAUUGAGCUCUGGUUGCUCCCUCAAGGCAGCUUUGUGGAUUCUCAGUGCCUUGCCAACCAGUAAGCAAUGGUCACUCAGAUUUCUGCAGCUAUUGCUGACACCCAUUCGAGCAUAUUUUCAGAGUUAUAAGGGCUAGAAGUGUGCUCCCCUUAAAAAAAUAGAAGAGGAAGACACCUGAGAUUUGAAGGAGGCUGAUUUCUAUGUCCAUUGCCACAUGUGGUGGCUUUUUCUGUAUAUCCAUAGAACACAACAGCUCUCUCUGUCUGUCUGUCUGUCUGUCUGUCUAUCUAUCUAUCUAUCUAUCUAUCUAUCUAUCUAUCUAUCUAUCUAUCAUCUAUCUCAGGCAUCCCCAAACUGCGGCCCUCCAGAUGUUUUGGCCUACAACUCCCAUGAUCCCUAGCUAACAGGACGAGUGGUCAGGGAUGAUGGGAAUUGUAGUCCAAAACAUCUGGAGGGCCGAAGUCUGGGGAUGGCUGAUCUAUCUAUCUUCUAUCUAUCUGUCAUCUUUGGCUUUAAAGAAAUGUGCAUUGUAGAGGUGUGCAAACUGAAUAUCCAGAGAUUAGAAAUCCUAUUCAGGAUGAUUCCUUUCUCUAGUCAGACGCAUCAUUAUUGCUGGUGAAGCCAGCCAGCCUUGUGGUGCAGCCACACACGAAGACCUAAUUCCAGCGUCAGAAGAGAAAUCAUUUAUCUGCCACAGAGUUUACAAGGCGAAGCUAAAGCUGAAGUGUGUGGUUAAUGCCACACUUGCCUGUGCACAGAGAACCCCUUCAAAGUAAUAAAUUGACCACUUUGUCUCGGGAUGGAGCUUGUUGAUGUUUAGAGGGAAUAUGUAAGUGGGUGUAUACGUCACAGCUUGGCAAAAGACAAUCAAAGUAUUCAGGCUGUGCGCAGGAGCCUUAGGAAGGAAAGUGGGAGAGUCUGGACUUGGAGAAUGAAGCAUUUCAAGACAGGCAGAGAGACUACCAACAAAGCCACGAUGCUCCAUGAAGUAACCCUGUGGCUGUUGCUGGUGGUUGGCAUCUCCACGGUGACUGGAGGGGGAGCUGGAGGUGGUUAUGGGCAGAUCAAAUACAUGCAGCCUGUGGUGAAAGGACCUCUCGGCCCUCCAUUUCGGGAAGGCAAAGGGCAGUACUUAGAUAUGCCACCACUGCUGCCAAUGGACCUCAAAGGAGAACCUGGACCUCCUGGAAAGCCUGGCCCAAGAGGACUUCCUGGCCCACCUGGCUACCCUGGGAAACCCGGCAUUGGCAAACCAGGGCUCCAUGGCCAACCAGGCCCCGCAGGUCCACCUGGCUUUUCUGGCAUUGGCAAACCAGGCAUCCCAGGGCUCCCUGGCAAGGCAGGUAUGAAAGGGAUGCCUGGAAUUAAUGGUGAGCCAGGCAUGAGAGGAGACCAAGGGCCACGAGGCUUGCCAGGCCCUCCAGGAGUGCCUGGACCAGCUGGCAUUUCUGUGAAUGGAAAGCCAGGCACAACAGGAAGCCCAGGCCUGCCAGGAUUCCGGGGGGAGCCUGGGGCCAAAGGAGAGCCCGGUCCCCGUGGCGAGCGUGGCAUGAAGGGUGAAAAUGGAGUUGGGAAGCCAGGGUUGAUAGGGCCGCAGGGAAACGGAGGCCCCCCAGGCCCUGCAGGACCUCCAGGGCCACAGGGAAUUGGGAAACCUGGACUUGAUGGGUUGCCUGGUGCUCCAGGUGGCAAAGGUGACACAGGGCUUCCAGGAGAGCCAGGGGUCAGUGGGCAGCCUGGCCCUAUGGGCCCACGUGGCCCACCAGGUGUUGAUGGAAUUGGUGUGCCGGGGGCAGCUGGUGUGCCUGGACUGCAAGGGCAUUUGGGCCCCAAGGGAGAACCUGGUCACCGUGGCCUUCCUGGCAUGCCUGGGCCUACAGGGUACGGGAAGCCUGGGUUGCCUGGCUUAAAGGGAGAUCGUGGGCAACCAGGUGUGCCAGGAAUCAGUGGAGAAAAAGGGGAGCCCGGAAUGGAUGGAGAACCAGGCGAAAUGGGUCCCCCUGGUAUCACUGGGGGCCCUGGGAUUCCUGGUUCUAUGGGUAUGCCAGGUAAACAUGGCAUUCCAGGCCCUAAAGGUGAAGCUGGACCAAGUGGGCCUGCAGGGCUGCCAGGUAUGCGUGGGGACCAAGGGCCUAGCGGUUUUGUGGGGAAGCCAGGGAUUCCUGGGGAGAGAGGAUUGCCUGGACCACACGGGAUGCCUGGCCCAAUGGGCCCCAAGGGGGAAGGUGGAUUUGCUGGUCUCCCUGGGGUCCCAGGGAUUACAGGGCCCAUAGGCCCAAAGGGGGACUCGGGUAUUCCAGGGCAACCAGGCCUCAGAGGCUCAUCAGGGAUACCAGGUCUGCAAGGCCCUUCUGGUCCAAUGGGGCCCCAAGGUUUACCAGGACUGAAAGGAGAGCCUGGCCUCCCGGGCCAACCAGGAAAUGGCAAAGUAGGGGAGCCGGGUAUUGUAGGUCCCAGUGGGCCACCAGGGGUUCCAGGAAAUCCUGGAUUAAAUGGGCUUCCGGGACCCCCAGGGCCACCUGGACCCCCAGGAGCACCCGGGAUGUUUGAUGAGACAGGGAUUGCUGGCCUCCACUUGCCAAAUGGAGGUGUAGAGGGAGCAGUUCUGGGGAAUGGCAAGCCUGGGAAGCCGCAGUUCGGCCGAGGGGAACUAUCUGCCCAGAUGGUACCUGCCUUCACUGCCAUCUUAACAUCGCCAUUCCCAGCCUCAGGAAUGCCAGUAAAAUUCGACAGGACUUUGUACAAUGGUCACAAUGGCUAUAACCCAGUGACGGGAAUCUUCACUUGUCCCAUCUCUGGCAUCUAUUACUUUGCUUAUCACGUGCACGUUAAAGGAACUAAUGUCUGGGUGGCACUUUACAAAAACAACGUGCCUGCCACCUAUACCUACGAUGAAUACAAAAAAGGCUACUUGGACCAAGCUUCUGGUAGUGCAGUGCUUGAACUGAAAGAGAACGACCAGGUCUGGAUCCAAAUGCCAUCGGAUCAAGCCAACGGUCUGUACUCCACUGAAUACAUCCAUUCAUCUUUUUCUGGAUUCCUUCUCUGCCCUACAUAACAGCUGUUGGGCACACCUCCUUUAAUCCACUGUAGCCAUAAACUUGUCCGUUUAAAAACAAAAACAAAAAACACAGUGUCACCGGGAAGAUGGUGAAAACCGAUGGUGUGUGGAACCAUUUUGACCAAGCUGAGAAGAUAAUUUGAGAGAGAAAACUUUGCUGUUGUUUUCAGUACCAUCUUUGUAUUCAGAAUUUAGUUUACCCUAGUGACUGCACAUUGACCACAGAUGCUAACUUGAGGAUUAGCUGCCCGUCAAUUCUCUUAGGCUGCAUGGAAGGCAUGUGAUGGACAGCAGCACUCGGGGAUCUGCAGGUUGUGUGACUUACCAGCUUAAGACACCACCUUCCAAAUUUAGCAUUUGUUCACUUUUAAUCUUUCUGCUCUAAAAGUGUGAUUCAAAUCAGUCAAAUCGUGACAAAAUGAUGAAUUAUCAAAUUGUGGAAUGCUUUGCAUGAGCACCUUUUACACAAUGCUUAACACAUCUUUAAAUCAUGCCAUCAGAGGUAUAUGGGGAAAGGGAUGGCAAGUGAAACAUAUUCCAAAGCCAGAGACUUUUGUGAUCCUCUACAAAAACAGGGCUCUGUAAAGUGCACAUGCUUGAUAGUCCCUAAGCAAAUCAAGUAGCUAAAUAUCCAUCAUGAGUCAGCAGCCUAUGAAUGCUGUUGUCUGACAAACCCAGUGUAAAGGCACUGCAGAUAUAGGUUCAGUUGCUACUAGCUUGACUUGAGAAAGAUUGAAUUGUGUUAUCUUCAAAGUGCCAGUUAAGAGACCAUUUUCUUCAGGAUGUGUAAACUUAUUUGUUGUUCAGGGUGGUGGAAGUACCCAACCACCAUAAAAAUGUUGAUUUUUAAAAAAGUAGAUUUCAUAGUAACUUCCAUUCAAUCAUUUCUACAACGGUGCUAUUAGCUACUUAAUGUUAUUCAGUAUAGUGCAAUAUCUAUUAAAAAGGUGCAAAAUGUUGUGUGCAAAGUUUUAUGUGAUUUUGGAAAAGAAUAAUUUGUCUUUUCUUACCACUUUCAAUAAUGCUUGAAAUGUCACCUGCCUUACAAGGUUAUUCACAGAUUUUGGGAUAACUGAUCAUGUGUACAGUGCUUUCAGAAGUGGUAACGCAUACCCUUAAAUUGCUGAAGAAUGAGCUCUCUCAUCUUGGAGAAAUAAUAUGUUGGUUUGUACCACAUAAAAAUAAGCAAGAGCCUCUUACUGCUUAGGCCUGUUAUGAAGAAAAUAGAUGGAAUUAAUCCAGUCCAUAGCUCAAAUAGCUUCUUUUCAAGUGUCCAGGAUGCCAACAAUAUGGCGAGAGCGGCUCAGUUCAAUUUCCCAGGUUUAAUGUAGAUAAAAGUAUUUAAACAUUAAAAUGCAGUGAACUUUAAAUUUGUGAACAAGUAUUCUAGGGUGACGGUUGAGAGAGAAAAAAAUAAUCACAUUUUGGUUUGUAAAAAUAACUAACACUGAUAGAUGGAUGCUGGAGAAUUGAAAGUUAGGUCACCUGCUAUUUCAGCUGCGCUGCCACCUGCCUCUUCUUCUUUCCUUCAUUUAACUUACAACUUAUAUGUCUGAUUUAGACACAAGCAAAAGAAUAGGCCCAAGAUUUCUGAUUCCAUCUGAUGUUUUCUAAAUUCCUGGAAAGGACAAGAUUGCCAAAGGCACAAUCUGCAUGCAAUAACAUCUUUGGUUUCACAUUGGGUCACCACAGGCUAAAACUGAAGAAGCCAAGUGCACACAUUUUCUACAUGCCUAAUAUUGGAAGAAGGGUUCUAAGAGACUGGUGCUCUAAAUUUCUCUAUUUUCCUGUGGAGUAGAGUAGUAAGCUUCCAUUUUUAACACCAUCAGAUCUAAGAAAAUGUGUUACUAUUUAAGUCAGAUUGGCAGAGAUUGAAAGUGUGGUGGAUAAGUACUCUAACAGCAGCAGAGAAACACAUAAACCCCAGAAUUGCUCCUGGGUGUGUUGGUACACAAUUUAUUUAUACUGUGUUCUAACAUAGAGAUAACCUCUUUUUUCAGCUCCUUUGGAGAUUCAACAUUUGUGAUGUGGCUGACAGAAAACACAAUGACAAAAAGCAGAUUUAUCUCCAAACUAAAUUGUUCUGUUUCAUGGGUACUGUUCUGCAGUCUCAUUCUGCUCUUCUCUUCUCUCAUACAGGGCAUAACCCUUCUGCAUUUAUACAACAAUUAAAACUUCUUAAUAUAGAGGCUGUUAUUACACAUAGGAAAAUGAAGUGUGGGAUGAAGAGGCUGAUUCACAAGUCAUGAGUUACCUUUUUUUAUUUUUGGUGCAGUGCCAGAUAUUGUCAGUGACAAAGUUUGGGGUUUUCUUGUUGGAGAGCAUGUGGGAAUUAGGUUUCAGUCAGCAGAAAGAUCAGGUUUGGAAACUACUUUGAACUGUGCAUUACAAUAUGCAUUUUUAUAUA